AAAAACUUUCAGGUGAUUAAUCAUGAGACAAAAUGCUACCUUAUAAGUUUGCUUCACUAGGAUUACUUGUUUAAAUUCACUCUCGAAUACUUUUAACACUGCUUAUGUGAAUGAAAGCACGAGGUGAAGCUUACCAUGUUCUUAGCGAUCCCGAGAAGCGAACUGCCUAUGAUAACUAUGGCAAAGAAGGUGUUCAACAGGAUGCAAUGGAUCCUGCAGUUGUGUUUGGCAUGCUCUUUGGAAGCGAGUUGUUUGAGGACUACAUUGGCCAACUUGCUCUUGCUUCCAUUGCAUCACUAGUAGAAUCCCAUGAGCCUGAGAUUAGGAAAAAAUUACUUCAAGACAAGAUCAAAGUAAGUUGUUUUUCAACUAUGAAUAGAACUACCUCCGUUCGAACUCAGGACAAGAGACUGGACAUGGCGUUUCAAGAAUGGAUCGCAGCAGUGAAGACACAAUUUUUCUAUUCUUUUGUCAUUUAAAAAAAACAAGUAAGAAACAAA